GGUAUAAACUUGUAUACACACACACAUGCGCACAGAGGGGCUUCCCUUGUGAAACCACUCACACUUGAUUGUCUUUAUUAUUUUCAACCGCUCACAAACGCACACACACGCAAACAGUAGCUGUCAACAUGUUGCUUCCAGGAGCUGUUAUUCUGUUGAGCCUGUGGGGUUGUGCUUACUGUGUUCGAUAUUGGGCAGAUUUCAACAUGAUGGGGGUCACUGGUUGGGUCUUCUUUGAUUCCACGGACCAGAAGUCCACUGUUAACCUCACUGGCACCGGCACAUGUCGAUGGCUCAACAUCUCCCUCACUACAUUCCCGGUUAUGUACAGCCAUUUUACUUCGCCCUGUCAGAAAUCACACAUAGGAGACAGUGUUUUUGUGUUUUCUGUAAAUACGACCCAGGCUGUCGUAAAUGUGUCCAGUCUUUUUUCACAGCACUUUAGUCUGGAUGCCCUCUCAGUGGUGGUGCAGACAUGUGACGGCACCAGGGUUUGUGCUGGACUCACGCCCGAAUCCCAGGUCAAAACCUGGCAGGCACGAUUUUUCAGUUCUGUAGCUGGAAACGUCUACAUCCGCCAAGUGACAGGGGAACAAGGAGCAAGGGUUCUCUCAAAUCUAAGAAAUGUCAAUCAUAUCACGACUUUCACAAAUGUCAGUAUUUUUGUUUCCCAAAGCUCUGCCACAAGCUGCACUACUCUCCUCGGCAGUCUGGAUCCAACAAGUCUCACAAGACUUGGCCUUUUGAACAUUGGAUCCCCUCUUGAACCUGUGAAAUCUCGCUUAGAUAUUGCCUCUCUUAGUUCUGAAUUCCGCUUUGCUCUCCUCAACCUCAACAGCCCAAGCUACCUGUGUGCAGAAAUCAGAACGCUUGCUCCCAAGGUAGUUAGCGCAGUCUUAGACAUGAUAGGGAUUAAAGGGUACUUUACCUUUCGUCAAGCAUCACCAUUUGAUCUUACCACCAUCACGGUUAACCUGACACACCUAAACAGGAGAGUUGGGCCUUUCCAUGUCCACCAGUUUCCACUGCCGGAGAUGAGAUCACCCCCAGAGAGCAGCUGUAGCAACAACAACGUGGGGGGUCACUGGAACCCCUUUAAUGUGAAUGUUCAGGCCCCUGCGUAUCCGCCCCCAAGAAAUUCCACUCAUGAUCGCUUUGAGGUUGGAGAUCUGAGCGCCAGGCAUGGAUCUUUGGAGAACUCAAAUAACUUUCAGGCCACUUUGACAGACUGGAACUUACCUCUGUUUGGACGUAAUAGCAUUGUAGGCCGCUCUGUCGUGAUACACCAACCCAGCGGAACGAGAUAUGCCUGUGCUAAUAUAGGCUACCCUGGCAAAGUGACUGUUGCUAGGGCAGUCUUUCGCAGUCCUGUGGUGGGGACUGUCCUCUUCACUCAGCUCAGCAGUGACUCGUACUCAGAAGUCUCAGUAUUCGUGGACCUAUCUUAUGGACAACUUUCGACACAAGCCACACAUAAUCAUAACUGGCACAUCCACACCUAUCCUAUCAGCACAGAGACUGACAGUGACAAGGGAAGUUGUCUGUCCACUGGUGGACAUUGGAACCCAUUCAACAUAGAGACCAAUGGGAGUACCUAUGCCAUUAAUUGUGGUCCAGACAUCCCUUUUGCUUGUGAAGUUGGAGAUAUCUCUGGCAAGCACAAGACUCUGGACCUGCUUCCAGAGGUGGGUACAGUGGCCACCAAGAGCUUCUUCACUGACACCACCUCCUGGGUGUCUGGAAUGAUUGGUCGCUCUUUGGUGGUGCACGGUUCCAACCAAACAGCUCAACGAAUUGCUUGCGCAAACCUCACCUUGUUCCAUUUUCCAUCCGCUCGCUCAAAGUCUUGGCUUGGUCCUGGAUCCUCUGAAGGUCAAGUCAUAUUCUCCCAAGUCUCUCCGCAAGGACCAACAAUUCUCAACAUUUCUUUAACUGGACUCAAUGCCAGAGCUGCUGGUUACCACAUCCAUAUUCUUCCAAUCAAGGGCGUUUGGGAACCCUGCUCUGACAGCAACAUCAUGGGCCAUUUCAACCCGCUUUCUGUGAAUGUGGCCUCUUCCCCUGCUCCAGGGAAUGGCACGGUUGACCAGUAUGAGAUUGGAGACAUCAGUGGGAAGUUUGGACCAUUAUCGGGUCAGAAUGACUUUCAAAUCCAGCACAUGGAUGGUAACAUGCCACUUUCAGGGCCGAACAGCAUCAUUGGCCGAUCUCUGGUCAUACAUUACACUAAUGGCUCAAGAAUGAGGUGUGCCGAUAUCUCAGCUGAGAACUAUACAGAUGGAUACUGGGUGACUGCAAAGGCCACAUUCAGUAAUGCAGUAACUGGAACAGUGACCAUGUCUCAACAGAGUUUUCCGGAUGGCAGUUACAGUGACAUGAUCUUAGAGGUGGAUGUGCGUGCAUCACAAUCAUUUAAUGUUACAGAGGCAUCCUGGUACAUCGCAGAAGAUCCGGUGGGGUCGGGUCGUAGUACAUGUCCUGAAGAAAUGUAUAAUCCAUUCGACAUGACAGCAGAGAACACUAGCUGUUCUCAGGUCAGUUCUCUGUCCUGUGAGGUAGGAGAUCUGACAGGUAGACAUGGCUCCAUAAGUCUCAUCAAGAGGCAGGUGUACAACGACAUUAAUUUGCAGCUCACCGGAGACUUUACAGUUGUCCAGAGGUCAUUGGUUCUUAGACUCAGUAAUAGCACAACUGCAUGUGCAGAUAUUAAGCCAGCAUCCCCUUCUGCCGUGCAGAUCUUCCCCAGCGUGGCCUCCUUUAGCAGAUAUGAUUUCCGUAAGAGAGUGGCAGAUGUGCUCAACAUCCCAGUGUCUAGAGUGUCCAUCUUACCAAGUGCUUCUUCUGCGGGAUCUGAUGGGAAAUGCCAGCAGGUUGACUAUCUGGUGUCAGGUGAGGUGAGCCAAGACAAGUUAAAGUCUGUUAAGUCCAGUGAGAAGAUGGGUGUGUUCAAAGAAUCAAAGAUGUGCAGUCCAAGUGGAAACACUGGACUGAUGCUGGUCCCCUGCAGGACAUUACUGAUCGUCAUGACAACUGUAGUCUGCCUGCUCAGGCCAAUGAUCCAACACUAGAUGGACACUAAAAUAUUACAUUGAUGUCAGACCACUGCCUUCUACUUAUUACCUUCACCUUAAACCAUUAAUAAACUCAUCUCAGGUGGUGCAUAGGAGCCUACAGCAGACCCCCCAACUUUGAAACAUCAAAUUGUCAGUAUUACAAGAAUUAAAACUGUAAAAUGUCCUUGCUUGGUAUGUUUGGAAUUGCAUACUAACGUAGUAUGCACAUUGGGCACAGUUUGUACAUUUUCAAUAAACGUAAUACCCGGAUGGCUAACUGCACAAUAUUCAGUAAGUAUUAAGCUAGUAUUCCAUUCUGAACAUUGCUUCAGUCCAAACUUCGUCCCUGGCUGCACGUCAACAACAAACCCAUUUGAUUCAGUAGACUUUAUGUGCGUUUCACGUGUUUCAAACACACCUAUAUCUGUUUGAUCCCAUUAUACCUCUUUAUUUGAUAAUUAUAGGAUCGAAUUUCUCCAUUUUCUGGAUUUUGCUGCUCUAUACUUCAGGUGCUUCAAAGGGAUUAACGGGACAACUGCUAACCAUUGUAAAUUCCACAAAAGCCUGACUUAAUAUUAUAUUAUACCCCUUUUACUCCCCUGUAGCUUUCUGAAUUAUAUAUUGUAUGUUUUGUAUGAUGCAAUCAGUGUGAAGACAGCCCUUGUUUUCGUGCAAUAGAGUUGUACUAUUUGUUGUAAGAUCUAAGAUCCCAAAUAAUGAAGGAUACUAGUUUGCUUGUGCAAUCUAACAAAUUGUGUCUGUGCUUUUUGGGCAUAUUGCAGGUUAUUUACUAAGAAUAUUUUCGCAAAUAGCCACAAAGAGGUUGAACGCACUCUUACUUAAAGAAGAGUUUGCACACAUAAUUGUACCAAAUAUUAGCCAUGCAGCUCACUUGUGGCUUUCACUAAAUGGAUGUUAAGUAUGAUCAUUUAUAUGAUUUCUAUAAUGUAUACAGUGUUGGGGAGUAACGGAAUACAUGUAACGGGAUUACUUACUUGAAAUACAAAGUAUAAGUAACUGUAUUACACUACAGUUACAAUUUAAAUCAUUGGUAUUUAGAAUACAGUUACAUUCAAAAAGUAUUUUGAUUACUGAAGAGAUUACUUUGCAUUUUAUUGUCAUUUGUUUCAUUUAAUAUUUCAUCCUUUCAGAUGGAAAACAUUUAUACAUAUAAAUGAUGUGAUCCAAAGUGCAUUUGAACAGUGGUGAAACACUUUCUUAUGAAGUGUUACAUUCAUACGAGCAGACAGAGAAGUAAGUCUGAAGUAAGUUUGGAGCAGAAGAAAUGGAAAUAAACCUUGUGUAAAUUGUCAGCUUUACGCUAAGCUAAAACGCUAUUUCUAGACAUUUUAAAUGCACAUGUUACCAGGCACGAUCAUAUUUUUUUAUCAAGUAAAUUCACAUUGGAUCAUAAUUUCUUUUUUUCUAGUAAAACCUUUGAUAUUAGGGCAAAAAUUGUAUUCUUGAUAAUCAUUUUUGUAUUGUUUUCCUGUAAAAAUAUCUAAAAAUCCUAAAAACAAGAUCAAUUUGAUUUAUCUUGUUUUAGAAACAACACUGCAUAAGAUAUUUAGAUUUUUCAGAGGAUGUAUUUUUAACAUGUGUAUUUUGUCUUACUGUACUGGCAGAGUUUUUAUAGUCAAAACAAGUGAAAAAAAUCUACCAGUGCUGAAGAAGUAAUCCAAAGUAUUUAGAAUUCAGUUACUGACCUUGAGUAAUCUAACGAAAUAUGUUACAAAUUACAUUUUACAGCAUGUAUUCUGUAAUCUGUAGUGGAAUACAUUUCAAAAGUAACCCUCCCACCCCUGAAUGUAUA